AUGCAUAUAACAAACAGCCUUGUGUUCUUUUCAGGGACACCCACUGAAGAAACGUGGUCUGGUAUCCUAUCUAAUGAAGAAUUUAAAUCCUACAAUUAUCCCAAAUAUUUUCCAGAUCCUAUCCAGAAGCAUGCACCCAGACUGGAUUCAGAUGGGGCAAAUCUUGUCUCUAAGCUCUUACAGUUGGAGGGAAGGAGGAGGAUCUCUGCGGAUGAAGCCAUGAAGCAUUCAUACUUCCAGGAACUGGGCGAACGUAUUCACAAGCUGCCAGACACUACUUCCAUCUUUGCACUGAAAGAGAUCAGUCUGGAGCCAGAGAACAAGCACAGGGCAGUUCCAGACCCAGUUAAUAUACAGUCUCGUCGACUCAGCCUUGUUCUCGGGUGAAUGCUUGGAGUUCCAUCUUCAACCAGAAGAGCGUUGACCCUACAGCUAAAACAGACUUAGGCCAGGCAGAGCCAAAGGACUGCUCUUUGUGCCCGCAGUUGGUGGACAAGUUAAAAAAAACGUGGAUAUUAGGUUGUGCCAGCAUGUGGCACCUGCAGUACCCAUAUAAUCUUUCCCGUUGCUGUGCGGACACUCUGUGUCGAUCUGCUGCUGUUCCUCCGGGGAUUUUUUUGUUGCCACACUCCCUGCCGUGUGUCAUUCCGUACUCUCUUCCCUCCUGCAUUGUUUCUCGGCCUCAGUGGUCUACGCCGUUAUUCCUCCAUUUGUUCUUCGGAAUUCUAGGAUGUGCUUAGUUCCUCAACCUCCC